GCGGGGCCAGGACGCGAUCGGGGCCCGGCGGCUGGAGGCGGUCACUCUCGGUCUGGUCUAGCGGCUGGUCAUGCGGAUGGCGACGGCGUCUGAAACCCACCGCCCGGCGCUCCUCUUGUCUUCUUGGGGGCGGCGGUAGCCCAUCGGCCGCCGCAGUAGUAGUCCCUGUCUUUGUUCCGCGUCCCGGCUCCCCGCCCUCCGCCAGUCCCAGCGGCCCCGGCUCCGCUCGCCGCCGCGCUUCGGCUGGCCGAUCUCGGGUCCCCGACGCCGCCCUCGGCUCGCGCGGCGCGGAUGCGGCUGCCGGGCCCGGCUGCGGGGCUCGAGCUGGAGGAGGAGGGCGGCGGCGCCCGGGCGGCAUGCGAUGGGGAACUGCUGCUGGACGCAGUGCUUCGGGCUGCUCCGCAAGGAAGCGGGGCGGCUGCAGCGGGCGGGCGGCGGCGGAGGAUCCAAGUAUUUUAGAACAUGCUCAAGAGGUGAGCACCUAACUAUAGAGUUUGAGAAUCUAGUAGAAAGUGAUGAAGGGGAGAGCCCAGGAAGCAAUCACAGGCCUCUUACUGAGGAAGAAAUUGUUGACCUAAGAGAGAGACAUUAUGAUUCUAUUGCUGAAAAACAGAGAGAUGUGGAUAUGAAGAUUCAAAAAGAGUUAGCCUUACAAGAAGAGAAGUUAAGACUAGAAGAAGAAGCUUUAUACGCUGCCCAGCGUGAAGCAGCCAGGGCAGCAAAGCAGCGAAAGCUCUUGGAGCAAGAAAGGCAGAGAGUUGUGCACUGCUAUCAGCCUUCCAACAGUGGCGACUGUCAAAGUUCAGGACCAGAGGAUGACUUUGAAUCUUGUUUGAGAAACAUAAAGUCACAGUAUGAAGUGUUUCGGAGUAGUAGACUGUCAUCAGAUGCCACAGUUUUGACACCAAACACAGAAAGCAGUUGUGAUUUGAUGACCAAAACUAAGUCAACGAGUGGGAAUGAUGACAGCACGUCCUUAGAUCUGGAGUGGGAAGAUGAAGAAGGAAUGAAUCGAAUGCUCCCAAUGAGAGAACGUUCCAAAACGGAGGAAGACAUUCUCCGGGCUGCUCUUAAGUACACCAGCAAGAAAGCUGGCAGUCACCCUACUUCAGCCUCUGACGAUUCCAAUGGGCUGGAGUGGGAGAAUGAUUUUGUUAGUGCCGAAAUGGACAAUAAUGGCAAUUCUGAGUAUUCUGGAUUUGUGAAUCCUGUGUUAGAACUGUCUGAUUCUAGCAUCAAGCCACUUGAGGCAGAUCAACAGAAACGAUAAGGUGAGACCAAGUCCUGUUGAUCAGUUACGACCAAAUGCUAAAAGCCAACUGGAAUGUAUAAAUGGUUGUGCUGAGCCUUUUUGGGAGAGGGAGGUAAGAAACCAUGUUGUAAAUGCUUAUUAGAAAGGAUGGGGGGGUGUGGGGCAGUCGGGCGGUAGCACGGCGGGUUAAAUGCAUAUGGCUCGAAAGCCCAAGGACAGGUGUAAGGAUCCCGGUUCAAGCCCCCGGCUCCUCACCUGCACAGGGGUCACUUCUCAAGCGGUGAAGCGGGUCUGCAGGUGUCUAUCUUUAUCUCCCCCUCUCUGUCUUCCCUUCCUCUCUCCAUUUCUCUCUGUCCUAUCCAACAACGACAACAUCAAUAACUACAACAAUAAAAUAACAAGGGCAACAAAAGGGAAUAAACUACUUUAAAAAAAAAAGAUUAGGGGUCGUAGGGUGUAUCUGAAUUGCUUCAGAAUUAAGUGCAAUUUCAUCAUCUGCCUUCUGCUUGUCUGAAUCAGUGUGGUGUGUCUGUCAUGUAACCAAUUAAAUUGACCUUAAUUCUUUUCUGUAGAGCAUUCCUGCAUAGUUACUUUAGAUGACCACUCUUGAAAAUCGUUGUAUUAGGUUUACUUUGAGUGUUUUCCUGAGUCUAUUUCAGUAGCUAACUAUGAAGACAUCAAGACAUUUUGGAUUCAUUCUCAGCAGAUGAGAAAGGAGCAUUAGAUGGGACUGACAAGUCCAGGAGCAGAGCCAUGCUGUCCCCUUCUCCAGCACUAUUCCUGUGACUUAUGUCAAUCUCAUUAUAGGGUAGGAAGCACAGUUGAUUUGAGUAGAUGACCCUAUAGAAAUGCUGAAUAUUAGUUUUCUGUCCACCCACAUUGGAUAUCCUCCUAUGAUAAUGUCAGUUGAGUCUGAACAAAGGGUCUGAUAGGAUAAAAAUAAGGUUUCAGAGUUUGAACACAACACUGGCAAUCAGAGGUAACAUUAAACACCAUAAAUAUACAUACUUGGGUUUUCCACUUUUCCAUGCUAUUGUAAAUGAGUACUGACUUCGGGAUAACUGCUGUAUUACAUUUCUAGGUUUCUAUUUAAAUUAUAUAUAUAUAUCUCCAGUAAAUGGUCUUAGGCUGAACACAGGACAUAUUUUCUGUGCAUGAUUUAUUAAGAGAGGAAAACCUGAAAAGGUAAUACGGGUAUUUCAAAGUAAAUAAACCCUUUCUGGUCUGAAAGGAUGCAUUGAUUUUACUAAGCUUUCAUUUGCCUUGUAAUACAAGGUAUUCUAGUGGGACUGAACUAAGUACGUCAGUGUACUUAACUGUGGUUUGUGAUAUACAAUUAGCUCUUUUCUCUAAAGUCUGUGUAUAAGUUUCAAAGGCCAAGGAUAAAAGACACUCCCUAGUUUGCUUGUCUUGAUUCUACUGAGGAUGGAGUAUGAUUUAAGUAAGCAAAUUGUUUUCAGUUUUUUCCUUAGUGUUUUUUUUUUCUUUUUCUUGCAACAAUGACAGUGCAUGUUCUCAAAAAUAUGGGAAGGUCCAGAUAUUAAUAGUAGCCUAAAGUUCUUGCUGUACUGUAAAAAUAAAAAUAAAUAUAAAUAUAAACCAUGUGACCCUUUUAAUAUUUGAAAUGCUAGGUAAUCAAAUUUAUAGUUUUAUUUUCUUUUUUUAUCUCAUAAAAACAAAUAUGACAAUUUCAAUGUGUAAAUAUAUUAGGAAAUGCUAUUAUUUAUGUCUGUUAUAAUAUCAUUUAAGUUGUGGCUGUGUCAUUGAAAAUAUUUUCAAGGUAAUCCCUAUUCACUUUGCCUGUGUGCUUUUUAAAGUUUGUAUACAUCAUAUGUAUAUUUUUGGUUUGGCAUAAGCUACUAUUGUAAUCUUUCUCAGCAUUUUGUUCAUAAAGAAUUUUUUGAAGGAAUGGUAACUUCUCAAGGGUUGUGAAUAAACACGUUUUUAUUACAUUUAGAAA